AUGAAUAACGACGAGAAGUGGCAGAACAGUUUGAAGCGGUUCCGUGAACGGAUGGAGGAGGAGAAGGUGAAGCUCCCCAGGACACAGGCACUGGAAGCAGCCAGCACCACAGGUACUAGAAGUGCUUGCUCAGCGCGUGCAGACGCUAUGCACGCGGCGUCGCGACACCUAAAGCUGAUACAUGUGACAGCGACAUUCGAGGCCAACGCUAACACCGCCAACGUAUCCAAGGCCGUCAACACCACUACGCAGCUAACCGACCACAAACCCACUACAAGUGAAAUGGAUGCACGAACAACACAAGCCGCCAUGAGACGCACUAUCGCGGCCCACGUAGCCACAACGCCAUGCAUCGUCGGCCGAGUAGUUGUUCAGGAAAUAGAUGAACCAAAUCAAGAAGAAGUCCACGGGAGUCCGACGAGUGGAAGAACACCAAGCGACAGCAGCAAGGCUAGUAGCGAUACGUCUAGCUCAGAUGAUGCCACGGUACCGCGACAACCACCAGUGAUCGAACUCUCCUCGGACCAGGAGAAUACCGAACCUGAGAGGGAUAGGGUGGAACUGACCUUCCCACCGGGACAAGGUGGAGUCUCCCUGUACCGAGCGGACUUACUCUCCCUAGAAGAUGGAUCCUGGCUAACGGACACCGUGAUCGACGCCUGGGCAAAGUACCUGGAGACCGAAUUUGGACCGAAAGGCACGAUACUCAGCCCCUUUGUUGUCUGGCAGUUGAACCAACCAGGGGGACGAGAAGAAAAUUUCCGCCGCAUUCACCGCUGGAUCCGAAACAUAGACAUCUUCGGACAGCGUGUAGUCCUAGCACCACACAACGUCGCUCAUCACUGGUAUGUGCUCGCCCUAUCGAAUCGCGAGCUUACGCACCACAUGACCGACACAGUGUGUUGUCAACCACACCAGUUAUGGACGGCAGAUUCCUGGACGAGGGGUAAGGUCACCCAUGCAACCACGGCCUGGCGCGAAUUCCUCCAGUGGGAAUAUAAGGAGAGGUACGGCCAGGAAAAACUCGAUUUCCGGGAACUCCUGUUAGAGGUGCCACAACAGGAAAAUACGGACGAUUGCGGCAUUUACGUGCUGGAGACAAUGGAACGAGUCAUGCGCUAUAUAGGACAAGGUGAAGGAGCGCCCGGAUGCAUCUCCGAGCCUUUCACAGCGGAGAUGGCAGCGAAGAAGCGGGCUCACAUGUUAGCUACCUUCAGACAUCAUCAAGACGCAAAGACGACCAAUGACGCAGAGGUAACAAGCACACCAACUUUAGCACCACCACCCGCGGAACAGCUUCCCCCAGAAGGUAUAAAAGUACCCAUCAACGACGCACUCGGAACAGGACUUGAGGCCUUCCCAGAAAUCGCCGAAAGA